GAAAUGGCUGACGGGUCGCUGACGGGCGGCGGUCUGGAGGCGGCGGCCAUGGCUCCCGAGCGCACGGGCUGGGCGGCCGAGCAGGAGCCGGCGUCUCUGGAGAAAGGUUUGUUCCAAGAUGAAGAUUCAUGCAGUGAUUAUAGCUACCAUGAUAAACCAGGUUCUAGUUUACAGAGUUUUAUGCCAGAAGGAAAAACUCUUUUCCCAGAAAUUUUCCAAACAAAUCAACUUUUGUUCUAUGAGCGAUUCAGAGCCUAUCAAGAUUACAUUUUAGCUGACUGCAAGGCCUCUGAGGUAAAGGAAUUCACAGCUGAUUUCUUGGAGAAGGUCCUUGAGACAUGUGGAUGGCGGGCAGUCUGGCAUACUAAUGUGUUCAAGGUGCUAGUUGAGGUCACAGAUGUGGACUUUGCAGCCUUGAAGGCAGUGGUGAGGCUUGCCGAACCAUACCUCUGUGACUCUCAAGUGAGCACUUUUACCAUGGAGUGUAUGAAGGAACUCCUGGAUCUGAAGGAACAUCGGCUGCCCCUGCAGGAGCUGUGGGUGGUAUUUGAUGAUUCGGGAGUGUUUGACCAGACAGCCCUUGCAAUUGAGCAUGUCAGAUUUUUCUACCAAAAUAUUUGGAGGAGUUGGGAUGAAGAAGAGGAGGAUGAAUAUGAUUAUUUUGUCAGAUGUGUUGAACCUCGAUUAAGAUUGCAUUAUGACAUUCUCGAAGACCGAGUUCCGACAGGACUUAUUGUUGACUACCGAAAUCUGUUGUCUCAAUGUGAGGAGAGUUACAGGAAAUUUUUAAAUCUGAGAAGCAGUUUGUCAAAUUGUAACUCUGAUUCCGAGCAGGAAAAUAUCUCCAUGGUGGAAGGGUUAAAAUUGUAUUCGGAGAUGGAACAGUUGAAACAAAAGCUGAAACUCAUUGAGAAUCCUUUGUUGAGGUAUGUGUUUGGAUAUCAGAAGAAUUCUAAUAUCCAAGCAAAGGGUGCCCGUCCCAGUGGUCAGAAGAUCACUCAUGUGGUCUCCUCCACCAUGAUAGCUGGUCUCCUGCGGUCCCUGCUCACGGACAGGCUUUGCCAGGAUCCUGGUGAGGAAGAAAGAGAAAUUCAGUUCCAUAGUGAUCCAUUGUCUGCUAUAAAUGCCUGCUUCGAAGGUGAUACUGUUAUUGUUUGUCCUGGCCAUUAUGUGGUACAUGGCACUUUCUCCAUUGCUGACUCCAUUGAGUUGGAAGGAUAUGGUCUACCAGAUGACAUUGUGAUAGAAAAGAGGGGCAAAGGUGACACUUUUGUGGACUGCACGGGUGCUGAUAUUAAAAUCUCAGGCAUAAAAUUUGUUCAGCACAAUGCUGUAGAGGGAAUCUUAACCGUUCACCGCGGUAAGACUACGCUGGAAAACUGUGUGCUGCAGUGUGAGACGACCGGAGUCACAGUGCGGACAUCAGCAGAGUUUCUGAUGAAGAACUCGGAUUUAUAUGGUGCCAAGGGUGCUGGUAUAGAAAUCUACCCCGGGAGUCAGUGCACCCUGAGUGACAAUGGGAUCCAUCACUGCAAGGAAGGGAUCCUCAUUAAGGACUUCUUAGAUGAACAUUAUGACAUUCCCAAAAUAUCCGUGGUGAAUAAUAUAAUACAUAAUAAUGAAGGUUAUGGUGUUGUCUUGGUGAAACCUACAAUCUUCUCUGACCUGCAAGAAAAUGCUGAAGAUGGAACAGAAGAAGAUAAAGCACUUAAAAUUCAGACAAGUGGAGAGCCAGAUGUGGCUGAAAGAGUGGAUCUAGAAGAACUGAUUCAGUGUGCAACUGGUAAAAUGGAGCUUUAUGCAAGAACUGACCCUUCUGAGCAAGUUGAGGGAAAUUGUGAAAUUGUAAAUGAACUAAUUGCUGCCUCCACACAAAAAGGCCAGAUGAAGAAGAAAAGGUUGAGUGAACUGGGGAUCACACAGGCUGAUGACAACUUAAUGUCACAGGAGAUGUUUGUUGGGAUUGUGGGGAACCAGUUCAAGUGGAACGGGAAAGGUAGUUUUGGAACAUUUCUUUUCUGACCACCAUAAUGUAAGUAGAUAGCAAAAUACUCGAUUUUGCACGUGCUGCCCUAAGAAUCACUGCUGCCAUUGUAGUUUGCUUUAUGUCUGUAUUUUAUAUUUGAUGAUUUGGGCUUGAGUGAAAGGUAGAUUUAUUUCCAUUUGCAGGUGUUGCACAUAAAACACUCCCUCUUUAUAAGAAAGAUCAUAAACACAUAGAAAAUAUUUGGA